CAAAGCGGAUGUCACGUGACUUUGUUGUCCAACUCUGAACAUGGCGAUGUUUACGUUAUCGCACUAAUCAAGCUGUGCGGAAGGAGUAGUGUCCAAUUCUCGCGUGUGGCCGUAGUGCUGGAGAGCUAUGCAGCAAGAGCCCGCGAGAGACAGACCAGUCAAGAAGAAAAAAAUCCGGGCAUGGACCGAAGCGGCACGAAUUGUAUUGGAGCUACACCCCCAGACUCCGAUGUCUCACAAGGAGAUCUUCUCUGAAGUCUGCACCCGAGGGCUAAAGGAUGCGAGCAGCCCAGCCGCCUUGGCCUGCCUGAAUGCAAUGCUGCAUGCUCACUCAAGGGGCCCGGAGGCUAUCUUUUACCGUGUGUUUGGAGCUGCAAGUGUGUUUGGUCUCAAGAGUGACAUUCCGGGAAGCGCGAUCAGCUUGGAGGUGGACGAAGAUUCUGGACCGGAGACGGAAGACGCCGGUGUAGUCAACUUCGUGCGUGACCGCAAGAAAGCCAAAGUUUUGUAUGUGAAGCUGCCUGUGGGCUUCCGUACGGCCAAGGGUCCGAGCAUGGACAUCAUGGCCAAUGGCGAGAGCCUGCCCAGCCAGCAGCCUAUUCCAAAUGGCAUCUGCUCCUCUGUCCCGCUGGACCGAGAGCCGCUUCGUCACUCUGUCCGGCAGCAGAGGCGUCCAGUCUGCUACACGGAUGACUCGAUCGAGCGUCGCACAUUAUCACCUGCUGUGCACGCAUCUCGAAGCUCGGCACGCGUUGCUGCAAAGUGCAAUGCGCAGGCGGCCAACGACCGGCCCCAAACGACACGAGAAAUUCUUGCCUCCCUACCUGGUGUUAAGCCUCACAAGCGUUCAUCACGGAAGCUCAGCAUGACUGCCCAGAUUGCAGAGACCCGGAGAGGCUUAGUGGACCUAGAAACACCCGAUUCAAUAUUGGUCAACACUAACAUUAAGGACCUCCUGACUCGGCACACAAUGGCGUCGCUGCCGUGGUCGUACCAGUGCCGCCUGGCUAGCCUGCUGCCAGCAGUGGACUGUUGGCAAGACGCGGGCACUGUACGCCUCAGCAGCAGUGCCCUGAGCAACGAGUUUUUUGCACGUGCCUGCCAGGAGUGGCGGGAGCGGCUGGCAGAUGGUGAGCUUACACACGAGAGCCAGGUGCGGCUGCGCGCUGAGCAGGACCGGGCUAGCCUUGAUCCCUGGAAAGGGCGCCACUUUGAGCACGUCUGGGGACACAGGUUACCCUCUGAAGAGCGUGUGGCCUCCUUGAACUUGGCCACUGGCAUACCCCUGGCUGCACCCCUGGCCAGCCGCAGAACAGGGCGACCUCUACGUAGGCCUCACAGACCCGGAAACAGCACCAGCCCUGUGUCAAGGAACCGGUGUGGCCAUCCGGUUCGAGGCAAUUCUCUCAAGCGGCCCACGAAUGCAGCUCGUGUGAAAGACGAGUCCUUGGCUAAGCGUUUCAAAGAGGUUCCUGCUGACACUGCUCUCAGCCCGGUGCCACAGGAGAGGUUAGAGGUCGAGCCUGCUGAUGCUACCCAGCUUACAUUACAACGGAUGUCGCAGGACGAAUCUGAGAGGGGCAACCAAGAAGCAGAGUUGACUGUUGAUGUGGUUGAGGAUCCUUGCCGUCUCAGCUUGCCAACACUGGAAGAAGUGGUGCAGGAAGAAAGUCCCUCUUCAUGUCUUGAGUCUCAGCAACCAUCACUUCAGCCAUGCCAAGAGCAGCCACUUGCAGUCUUGGAAAAUGUCUCGAGCACAAUGGUGCAGCCACUGGAGGCACCGGAGUGUGUUAUUCCGGAGGCCGACGAGUCUACUGUACCUUGCGAGGAUGAAGGCAGUGAACCACUGUCAGCAGAGCAGCUGUUGCUUAGGGUGUACGACGACAAGUCGGAGGAGGCAUCUCCAGCUCCGGAAGGCUAUGCCACUCUUGCUGAAGAAGCCGAGGAAGCAGCUGUAGAAGAGGACACCAUGGUUGAAACUGAGGUGGAGGCUGAAGAUGUUUUGCACGAGGUUUCUGAGCCAAUAGGCCCAAUCACACUGGCACCGGAGGUGGCGACCGAGAUCAUUCUGACGACUGAUGUUCCGCCUGCGGUGGGCGCUGAGGAAGAAGUGGUCUACCUGUCCUCACCAGUGGACCACAGUACUGUGGUUGUGACUACUGAGGAGGAGGAACCAAUGGACAGGGACCUCAUGGCAGCCAACAACAUGCUGCUGUUGCAGGAGGAAAGGCGAGAUGACCAUGCUGUCCUGGGCAACAUGGUUGGGCAUGACAGUGUUCCCAAUCAGGUGGCUCUGGAGGUCGUGGCACAAGAGGAGCCUGCCCUAGAGACUGUGGCUGAAGUUGUCGAGGUUGAGGAAGUCCCACUCGAGGUGGACAUGGUAGGACCUUCACCGCCCCUAGUGUUCCAGGCUCUGGUCAGGCCGAGUUCUCGGAGUGCCACACCUGACCCAGCAAUGCUCAUCCACAGCGCACAACCACUUGUCGUCGUCACGCGCCCUUCCAGUGCUCCCGUGACUGUGCCCGAGACUGCUCUCCUGAAAACUGCAGCACGUAAGUCGCUGAGCUGCCGAGACCUGCUGGCCCUUCAGGAGCAGGUGUCGUCGUCGUCAGCAACUUCGCAGGCAGCCGUGGCAUCACAAGUGUGCGUUUCGAUUGAACAGGCAGGUGGUGGCGUCGCACUUGUGCCGAUCAUGGUGUCUGGAAACGGUCGCCGACGAGGUGAGGGCGGUGCUGGGUGUGGUGGAAGUGGUGAAGCCAGCGCGUGCGCGUGCAGUCUGAGGCCCAUGGCAGUGUGUCGCAAGUGUGGUGCGUUUUGUCAUGACGGAUGCAUAGGCCCCUCUCACCUGUGCGUCACCUGCCUCAUACGAUGACAGAUUGCAGCAUGCGCUGUUUUGUCGAAAAGAGACUGGUAAAUAGCGCCCGAAAGGUUGAAGCACUCAUGGCUGCCACUGCCCAAAGGAUGAAUUGAACAGCAGAACUGGCUCAAAGUGGUGGUGCAUGCACUGAUCGUGACUGAAAGCGUGACGCAGCGCAAGUGAUGAUGUCCCACCGCAGGUCUCCUAACCCUGCCUGUGAAUAACAGGAUGUCCUUUGUACUUUACUCAGCAUGGAUUGCAUUGUUUUACCAGUGUAACUUGCUGCUUUGAGUUUACUUUUGUCAAGUUUUCUUUUUCUUCUGGUGCAGGAUGCCUGACGUGUAAUAUUUAUUCAAGCUGAGCUUUGUUUGCACUGUCCAAGCGCAACAAAUGACACUUGCGGCUUCCAGAAACAGCAUAGUUGCUGCUGCUAUGAAGCUGGUAACGGAUGCAAAGAAAUGCAAAUUGUGUUGGGUGAAGCAUUAGCAGCUUCCCUAUUAUUUCUGUAAGGUGGUCGAGAAGAGUGCCAGGUUCCUCCCCAGGGAAGUGCGGGCAGCUCCGUUUUCAAGGACCCCUGUGGUUGCCAAAGUCUUAAUGUUGUUUUCCAGCCUUUCUGUCAUCAUGCUGGUGUGGUUUCAGAAAAACGCGAGCUUGUAAGAGUGGUUAAUGAGGUCAUGCACCUAGUAGUUAGGGACUGUCUACAUUUUGUGUGUAGUCUUUCCCUCAAACCAUUGCUGGUGUGUUUGCAAGUGAGAAAUGCCGUGAUGAUAGACUGCGUUCCCUUUUCCUUUGAACUUAAGGUGGCUCAUUUGUACAUGUUACGAAAGUAGCUGGGAUGGAUGUUGUUUGAGAGAAUAUUUAUUUGUCUGGAUUCCUGAAGUGUGAAUUGGGCUAAGGUGUUCAGGCAUGAAACUGACACAAGUGUAUGGCAGUUGCUUGGGGAAAGUUCUCAUGUGUGCAUGUUCAAGACUCAUUCAAGUGAAAUGUUGCAUGAAAUGCUUGUUGCAUAAAGUUACCUCUAGUAUAUAAAUAUAUAUAUAUAUAUAUAUACAUACAUAUAUAUAUUAUACAUAGUCCAGCUAUGCUGGGUCUUCAGUUUGGCUACUUCUGAUAUACAGGUCUCUUUUCUCAUUGUAAAUAAAUAUUUCCGGUUCGCUAAA